CAGCCUGUGGAUCACAUUAAUAAUCUAUAGAUCAUCCACCUCGUGCAUACCUUCCCUUUGUCUCUGUUACUCACAACAACAACAACAACAACAACCUCAACUCAACACUCUUGUUCUUCACUACUACUACUACUACAACAACAACAACAACAACAACCCAAGUGGUUGUUGAUUUAUCAAACUCUUAACUCUAAACCAUGGCUUCCUCUUCCUCUUUGCAUCUAUCCCAAGCCCUUUUGGCCCGUGCUGUUUACCUUCAUGGCUUCAAUUCUUCUUCUGAACGUGCUUCACUCUCCACUUCCACUCUCUCCAUGCCAUCUUUCUCUGGCCUCAAGUCACAUUCUUCCACUUCUUCAUGCAAACCAGCUACCUCCUCUUCAGGUUCACGUCGCAGGGUUGGUUCUAGCAACACUGUUAGAGCCACUGCUGUUGAGACACUCAACAAGACUACUGAGGUUUCUCUUGUAGAGAAAUCCAUCAACACCAUUCGGUUCCUUUCCAUUGAUGCUGUUGAGAAGGCUAAUUCUGGUCACCCUGGUCUUCCAAUGGGUUGUGCUCCAAUGGGUCAUAUUCUCUAUGAUGAGGUCAUGAGGUACAAUCCUAAGAACCCCACUUGGUUCAACCGUGACCGUUUUAUUUUGUCUGCUGGCCAUGGCUGCAUGCUUCAAUAUGCUCUUCUUCACCUUGCAGGGUAUGAUAGUGUUCAGGAAGAAGACUUGAAGGGUUUCCGACAAUGGGGAAGCAAAACUCCUGGACAUCCUGAGAACUUUGAGACACUUGGAGUUGAAGUAACCACAGGCCCUCUGGGUCAAGGCAUUGCCAAUGCCGUUGGAUCGGCACUUGCUGAGAAGCACUUGGCCGCACGAUUUAACAAGCCUGACAGUGAGAUUGUUGACCAUUACACAUAUUGUAUAUUGGGUGAUGGCUGUCAAAUGGAGGGAAUUUCGAAUGAAGCAUGCUCACUUGCUGGGCAUUGGGGUCUAGGGAAGCUUAUUGCUUUCUAUGAUGACAACCAUAUCUCCAUUGAUGGUGACACUGAAAUUGCAUUCACUGAGAGUGUGGAUAAACGUUUUGAGGGACUCGGAUGGCAUGUAAUUUGGGUGAAGAACGGAAAUACUGGCUAUGAUGAAAUUCGUGCAGCCAUCAAGGAAGCAAAGGCUGUCAAAGACAGACCCACUUUGAUCAAGGUAACCACUACCAUUGGAUAUGGUUCUCCAAACAAGGCUAACUCCUACAGUGUUCAUGGAAGUGCAUUGGGUGCUAAAGAAGUGGAUGCUACAAGGAAGAAUCUUGGAUGGCCAUAUGAUGCCUUCCAUGUGCCAGAAGAUGUUAAAAAGCAUUGGAGUCGCCAUGUCCCUGAGGGUUCUGCACUUGAAGCUGAGUGGAAUGCUAAGUUUGCUGAAUAUGAGAAGAAAUACAAGGAGGAAGCUGCAGAGCUAAAGUCUAUUAUUAGUGGUGAAUUACCUGCUGGUUGGGAGAAAGCACUUCCGACUUACACUCCAGAAAGCCCUCCUGAUGCUACAAGAAAUCUGUCUCAGCAAUGUCUAAAUGCCCUUGCUAAGGUUCUUCCGGGCCUGCUUGGUGGCAGUGCUGAUCUUGCCUCUUCCAACAUGACCUUGUUGAAAAUGUUUGGAGAUUUCCAAAAGAAUACUCCUGAAGAGCGCAAUGUUAGAUUUGGUGUUAGGGAACACGGGAUGGGAGCAAUCUGCAAUGGCAUUGCUCUUCAUAGCCCUGGAUUCAUUCCAUACUGUGCAACUUUCUUUGUCUUCACUGACUACAUGAGAGCUGCCAUAAGGAUUUCUGCCCUGAGUGAAGCUGGAGUUAUUUAUGUUAUGACCCAUGAUUCGAUUGGACUUGGAGAGGAUGGACCAACUCAUCAGCCAAUAGAGCACUUGGCAAGCUUCAGGGCAAUGCCAAAUAUUUUGAUGCUUCGUCCAGCUGAUGGUAAUGAAACUGCUGGAGCAUACAAAGUUGCUGUGCUUAACAAGAAGAGACCUUCAAUUCUUGCCCUUUCUAGGCAAAAGUUGCCCCAACUUGCAGGAACUUCUAUUGAAGGAGUUGAAAAGGGUGGCUACACCAUUUCGGACAACUCAUCAGGUAACAAGCCUGAUGUUAUUUUGAUUGGAACUGGUUCUGAGUUGGAAAUUGCUGCCGCAGCUGGUGAGGAUCUGAGGAAAGAAGGAAAGGCUGUUAGAGUUGUUUCUUUUAUUAGCUGGGAACUUUUUGAUGAACAGUCAAAUGAAUAUAAGGAGAGUGUUCUACCUGCUUCUGUAUCAGCUAGGGUUAGCAUUGAGGCUGGAUCAACAUUUGGUUGGGCAAAAAUUGUUGGAAGCAAGGGAAAAGCCAUAGGCAUUGAUCGAUUUGGAGCAAGUGCUCCAGCAGGAAAAAUAUACAAGGAGUUUGGUAUCACCAAGGAAGCUGUUAUUGCUGCUGCCAAACAACUUUCGUAGAUCUAUUGAGUUUCUUUUUUCUCAUCUAGAACUUGUGGGUUUCACUGGUGGCUUUGGGUUACUAUAACAAGAUCUGUUUCUUGAGAUAUCACUUUAGCCUCAAUAAGGAAAGAUUAGAUUGCUCUUGCAAGGAUUCUUAGAGGAGAAACAUAGAUUAAAGGAUGAGUUGAAUCAAUGUUGUAUGAAUUUGUAACAACUAUUUUGGCUUGUGAGUUUUGCACUGAUUUAGUUGGAUUCAGUGAUACUCACUCCUGCACUUGUUUAAAUCUGGUCUUUUAUCGCUU